GUCGAUCUUGCGAAAGAUAUGGCUGACUGGGAGAAGUUGGACGGAAACGAACGCUUCUUCAUCUCUCGCGUUUUGGCGUUUUUCGCAGCUUCAGAUGGCAUCGUCAACGAAAAUCUGGUAGAACGAUUCUCGAAAGAAGUCCAGGUUCCAGAAGCUCGAUUUUUUUACGGCUUCCAAAUCGCCGUGGAAAAUAUCCAUUCGGAGAUGUACGGAAAGCUCAUCGAAACCUACAUCCGCGAUGAAUCUGAGAGACGAACUCUUUUCAAUGCAAUUUUCGAGUUUCCGUGCAUUGCGAAGAAAGCGAAUUGGGCCCUUCAGUGGAUUGCCGAUCACAAGGCUCCUUUCGCUGAGCGCGUCAUCGCUUUCGCUGCAGUAGAAGGUAUAUUUUUCUCCGGUUCGUUCGCUGCUAUAUUCUGGUUGAAAAGAAGAGGACUAAUGCCUGGGUUGACUCACUCGAACGAAUUAAUUUCAAGAGAUGAAGGUCUUCAUCGUGACUUUGCUUGCUUGAUGUAUUCCCAUGUGGUUAACAAAUUGCCGCAGGAACGAAUUUAUAAAAUCAUCAAGGAGGUUGUGAUUAUUGAGCAGGAAUUCCUGACGGAGUCACUGCCCGUGGAUAUGAUUGGAAUGAACUGUCGUCUGAUGUCUCAGUACAUAGAAUUUGUUGCAGAUCACUUGCUAGUUGAACUUGAUUGUGAGAAGCUCUACAAGGUGAACAAUCCAUUUGAUUUUAUGGAGAAUAUUUCCAUUGAUGGGAAAACAAAUUUCUUCGAGAAGAAGGUUUCCCAGUACCAGCGUCCUGGUGUCAUGAAGACAGAAAACGACAGGUAG